CGUCGUCAGGCUUUGACGCGUCGUUGCUGGUUUCAGAAGUUUGAGAGGGUCUGGUACCCUUUUUUUUCUUGAACCUGUGCAAACCGCUGCGGGGUCUUGAGAAAGCAGCACACACACGCUACCAUACCAGCCUUAACCACGUUCCCAAUACCGGACCAAUCGCGUAUUGCGAGCAUGAGUCCCCUGGAUAUGGAUAUCGACCUGAUGGGUGCCCAGCCCGCGCUGUUCAAGCUUUAUACCCAACUAGCCUUCAUGUUUCCGCUGUCGGAGUCAGAAGAGGGGCAACCGUCACAUCACCAGGUUACCUCGACCAUGACUGCUGGAUUGGCAGAGCUAGCAGCAAACUUCCCUUGGGUUGCUGGUCAAGUCGUAAACAUAAACCCUGAUACUGAGGCUGUGCCCCAUUACAAGAUUCGGCCGUACGAACCGGUGCCGCAGCUAGUCGUACGAGAUUACACUGGAGAUGCCGAGAUACCCAGUUUUGAUCUGAUGCACCAAAAGGGAUUCCCGAUGAGUGUGUUGGGUGAGCAUGUUUGGGCGCCGUGUCCUACUUUGGCUGCUAUGGGAUUCGACCCGAAGAGAGCCUCGGGGGCUUCUGAUGAGCCUGCUCCAGUGAUGCUUGUGCAGAUUAAUUAUGUACGUGGUGGGCUGGUGCUUUGUGUUAAUAUGCAACACAAUGUGUGCGACAUGAUGGGCCAGGCGGCUGUUUUGAGCUGGCUGUCCCAGGCGUGUCGGAGCGAGCAUUUUACUGAAAAUGAGCUUGGGAUUGGUAAUAUGACGAGAGUAGGUAUUGUCCCGCUCAUUGAAGAUGAAGGCUGGACGCCUGGGCCUAAGCUGCAGAAUCAGCUGUUUCCUCCUUUACCUCCCACUGUUGACAAGGAAGUGGAUAACACUGUCGAGCGGAAGAGUCCAGAACCACCUAGCAAGUGUGCUUGGACGUAUUUCGACUUCUCAGCCGAGUCAUUGGAAUCGUUGAAGGGGCUUGCGACUACCUCUCUUCCUCAAGAUUUCACCAGCUUCAUAUCGACCGACGAUGCUCUCUCCGCUUUCAUCUUCCUCUCUGUUCUGCGCACAAGGCACUCCCGUCUGCAUCCGGAUGCCUCGGUGACAUUUGCACGGGCUGUUGAUGCUAGACGCUAUCUGGACAUACAUCCUGACUAUCCUGGCGUACUGCAAAACAUGGCAUACACUAGCUAUCCUCAGGAGUCCUUACUUUCCACUCCGCUGGGUCAUAUCGCCGCCAAGAUGAGGCAGGCAGUCGAUCCCUUAGCGUCAGAUGUUGCAUACCGGACUCGCUCUCUGGUCACCUUCUUAUCCCAAUCGCCAGACAACGCGACGAAAACGAGUUUUACAGCUACCCUCAAUAUGAGCGUUGACAUUGCGCUUAGCUCGUGGACAAAAGUACCCGCUUAUGAGUGGGACUUUGGGUUGAGGUUGGGCUCUCCAGUUGCUGUUAGACGGCCGGGCUUUGUGCCUGUGGAGUCGCUUAUGUAUCUGAUGCCUAGGAGUCGGGAGGGGAGUGUAGCUGUUGCGAUGUGCCUGCGAGAGGAAGACCUGCAACACCUCUUGCGGGACGAGGAGUGGAAGAGGUUUGCUAGAUAUAUUGGUUGACUUUGAAGGAACCCGUUUCGGACUCUCUUUCAUACUCGAUACACCUUUAUGCUUCGCCAUAUCCUUUUUCCUCGUAUCAUCCGGGAUUAAAUUCCCCCAGGCAAACGUUUCGCCAUACAGAGGCAGUGGAGUAAUAGCGUUGCCUUUUUCGCUAAGAAAGUUGGACUUGGUAACCUGCUCUAGCUUUGCAAUGUUGCUGGACUUGAUGGCAACGACUCUAUACAAACAGACGUCUCGACCUGCAAUUUGUGCUUUCCGUCAUAGUUUUGAUGUUAUCGUAGGGUCUGGCCCAAGGUUGUUGACUUCUUCUACACUGUCGUGAACGACGCG